AUGGGACCGGUCCAGGGAAACCAGGAAACUAGGUUUGAUUCUGCCAUAGCGGAGACCGUAAUACCAAAAUACCAGCAGACAGAGAAACCUGCAAUAAGGCCCUGGGACCAACACAAACGGAGGAAACUUGUCAGCGUCUCCGUGAUGAACACCCUUGGAGGGAAACGUCCCUCGCUGAGCAAACUGAUCC